AACUGGCUAGAAAGGUCCUGGAUGCCAAACGGAAACCAUGUUAAAUCCGCUGUGACCAGGGCUCGAACUCGUGAUGGCGGGCACCUCAACCGAGGUUCCUUUUCCACCAGACUACGAGGCUCGGUUAUUUGGUACGUAAAUUUAAAAAUAUUCAACGACUUUACGAAGUUUUGGAAAUCAUGCAUUCAAAAAAGUUAGUUCUUCCCUCACGUUUUCGGCAUUUCUGGUAUCUCAGUUUGCUAGUAGGUAGUAGUUACUAGGUACACUAGCAUAUAGCAAUGCUCAAAGUCAAAGUAACUAGAUAGAAACCAAACUCCAAAGUUAGAAUCCAGAAGAAAAACGUGUUUGAUCGGACUACAUGUUGCUAAACAAAAGACUAUGGAACAUUGACUAAAACAAUAGUCACAAAAGCAGACAGACAUAACUAUAUAAGUACACUCCAUUAGUCAUUUGUUCUCACAGUAGAUUAGGUAUUUAAGAAAGAAGAAGAAAAGGGUACUAAAUGAUUUUAUUUUAAAGACUUCGAGUUCUUUGAUCAAAAAAAAAAAAUUCUCGAGUUCUUCCCCCUUAGAGCAUGAUUAAUGCAUGUCUCUUAGAGUGAAGUUUUUUUAACGAGAUAUAAAAGAUGUCUUUUAGAUUUUUUAGUUAAAAGAUAUAAAAAACGUUUUUUAAUCUUUUUUUGUUAAAAGUUAAGAAACUGUAUCUUAUAUUAUGCAAAGAACUUUACUCUAAAAAACAUGCAUUAAUCAUGCUCUAAGAAGUUGCCUAAACAGACCUCAUGGUCCCAUUCAAACAAUAACCUACUUUCUCUAUUUGGAUAUAUCUGUUAAAUUUAGUGGGACCCAUUUCAUUACAAAAAUCCCUAUAACUCUCACUUUCACUGGCCCACCUUUUGAUUUUCUUAUUGUCUUUUUUUUCUUCUUGUCUUUGCAGUUAAAAAACAAAAAUGGGAAACCAGUGUCUAUAUAUAAACAGAAUUACUCGAUAAACAGCCACUCUCCAUCUUCAAUAAAUAAUAUAUACAUAUAUAUAUAUAUAUAUAGAAAUCAAUUAUGGCGAAUCUCUCUUCUGAUUUUCAGACAUUCGAUCCCAUAACUCAACUUGCAGAACUCAACAACACUCUUAACCACUUUCAGACAAUGUUCGCUUCUCCUUUCUCUUCUUCUCUCGACUCUCUUUUCUUUCAUCACCAACAACACCAACAAUUUCCGGAACAUUUCCCCGGAAAAUCCCCCGAAAACAAUGGUUUUCAUCAAGGGAUUUUACUCCCUAAUUAUAAUACUCACAACAACGACGAUUCUUCUUCAGGAAUCGAUACCAAGAAGAGAAAAACAUUAAUGGAGUCCGUAUCUACGUCGGAGAACAGUGUCUCUGAUCAAACUUUAUCUACCUCUUCUGCUCAAGUUUCGACUAAUGGAACCAAAAAUAGUUCUUUAAGGAGAGGGAAAAUGUCAAAGAACAGAGAAGAAGAGAAAGAGAGAGUAUAUGUUAGAGCCAAAAGGGGUCAAGCCACUGAUAGCCACAGCUUAGCAGAGCGGGUAAAAAUUGAUUAUCUAAUCAAGUAUAUUUAUGAAUUCAAUAUGUUGUUAAUGUUAAAUUGUAUGAUUAAUGAAAAAUAUGAAUACAAAGAUUUUCAUGUUGAAUUUCAGGUUAGACGAGGGAAAAUAAACGAGAGAUUGAAAUGCCUGAAAGAUAUAGUGCCCGGAUGUUAUAAGGCAAUGGGAAUGGCUACGAUGCUGGACGAGAUAAUUAAUUAUGUCCAGUCGUUACAAAAUCAAGUUGAGUUUUUAUCUAUGAAGCUUACGGCAGCAAGUUCGUAUUAUGACUUUAACUCGGAGGCUGAUGCUGUUGAUUCCAUGCAGAAGGCAAAGGCACGUGAGGCAGUAGAAAUGGGGCAAGGGAGGGAUGGGAGCAGGGUCUUCCAUUCAUCAUCAUGGACCCUUUGACUUUUGUUUUUUACCUCCCUUUUCGUCGUCUUUCUAAUAUGCUCCUAUUUAAAUAAAAAUACUUAAUUGAUUUCAAUAAUUUGGAUACCAAAGGAUGAUAUGUAUACUGCGUAAUGUCGACAUUACAAAUUUAUUAAUGCCUACAGAUUGCAAUCCCAGCAGCUAUUUUUAGAGCUUCUAAAAGGUGCCAUGUAAGACAAGAUAUUCCCCACCAAUCAAGCUGGCAAGUCAUCUCGGAUGUUUAACUGACAGGCCCAAACCAUUACGGUAGCCCAUUUGCAAAGGUUUCUGUUUGUCUUUCCAACUCUCGGCUUAACAGCAAAAAUAUUCAUUCAAAAAAGCUCUAUAGUCUCUUGACUCUAACCUCAGCUGCUAAUAGACCUUUAACCUUCCUCCUCUCAGAAAUCACCCGUUACAAUAUGGAGUCGUUUAUCACAGCAAAUAUCCCCGUUAAUUUCUUCCCCAAUGAUAAAACCGUCAACUAUUUGGCUUCCCCUCACCAAUUCUAUAAAAGCUGGCAUAGUUGGAAAGCAUGAUCUCUCUAACAACAAGCUUCUGGUCAGAAAAGCUUAGGAAAUUUGCCGCCUUUCUGACGCUCAGUUCAAUCAUCCAUCAUCGGCGUUGUAAAACAUCACUGGUAUUUGACUCAGUUUCAUCUAUGUUAUCAUUGGAUUUGACUGGGUGAGAUCUGUAAAGAUGUGAUCUAUCUGAAAAUUGCAGCCUAUCAAAAAUUCACAAUUGAAUCAGCUUCAGUUGUGGGUAUAUCUAAAGUAUCUUACUUUUACUUACACCCGUGUCUAUUCCAUGUUGUAGAUUAUUUUCAAAAUACAUGCAGCGAUUAAGUUGAGUCGUAUGUCCGAAAAGGCAUUCACGAGAUCAUUCAAUAGCCUGCAAAACAUUAGUAAUAAAACAAGAUCGUUCACUUGAAUUACAAAUAUUUUCAUGAAUCUGUUUGUUUAGUUGAUUAAAAAUGUGCAUUUCAGGAUUAAGCUUAAUAUAAAAGCACUAGCAGUUCAGAGUGGCCGAGGAAGAGUAAUCAAAUCCGAGCAAAACAUGUUAUCUUUGUUAUCAGUUUGACAUGUAUUUGAUUGGACAAUCUUGAAGUAUCCACAGUUUGGCUCUAGCUCCACUCUAGCUCAAAACCAAGAUAUAUGUGUUCCAACAGUCGAGUCUUACACGUUAACCAGCUUUGUAUCCUCCAGUGCCAUCUGGUGAGAGACCAGAGAAACCUUCGGAACCUGCAAACCUGUAGCUUUGGCUAAGUUGAUGAAGAAGCAAGAGAGUAAGAAGGAAUUAAAUGAUGAAUCGCAAACUUACUGGCUGUUCCAACAGAUAAUUGUCAAGGUGAUGUGUCAAGCUCUGGUCUGGUAGAGACUAAAGAAAUGGUAUUAUAAGCAAAAAGGCGGAGUGAGGAAAGUGAUUGAUAAUUGUAUACUUGUGUCAACAAUAAAAAUUUAUAUAUUCUAUACAUUUGAUUUUGGCACAACAAAUUUCAAAAAUUUAUAAGUUUUUAAUUUUUUUUUCGACCAAAAUAUUUGUAUAUAAUAUGAAGAUUUUGAUGACGGGGAGAAAUAAAAAUUAAAUAUUUUGUUAAACCAUUGUAACAAUCGUCAGCUUAUAAUUAUAUAAAGAAAAUAUGAUAUAGAACGCAAAAUCAUAUGUUGUUGAGUCUGAAGAAGGAUAAAAGAUUUUUUUUUUUUUUUUGGUAUCUAAAUUUCUUCAUAAGAUGAAGAAUAUGGAAAAUGUGUAUCAAUAGUCUUCCAGCAGAAAAGAGAUCACAUUGUGAAAGAUCAUCCUCAAUCAGAGCUACAAACACAUCACUAAAACCAAAAGCAGAGGCAUUGCGAAUGGCAGUCAAGCAAAUGAGGAUGCUAAAUUUUAAGAAAGUUGCUUUCAUCAGUGAUUGCAA